AUGACACAGCAGAAUCUUGAUGAGGAGGAGAAUGAUGACUUGGUCAUUUAUCCAUCCGAACCUGGAUCCGAGUCCGAUGCCUUCAUCAAAGACAAUAACCGAAGGUCAUCCUCUCUUGCCUCCCCUCUAGAGACGGACCAUGGUCGAGAGGACGCCGAGGUUGGGCAUCUUCCAAGCGAAGAUGACGAGGUGAUCGAUCCUCGACUCAGGAACUAUCCCAUUCCCCUUGUAGCCAAGACAGUCGACCUACACAACGAUGAAACCGAACCCCUCCUAACCAUCCGCUUCUGGAUCCUCUCCACCCUCUGGGUCAUCGUCGGCUGCUCCGUCUCUUCCGUCUACUACUUCAAGCCCUACUCCGUUCGUCUCUCGGGUUACGUCGUGCAACUACUCUCGUGGGGGAUGGGCGCACUCAUGGCGCGUUACUUCCCACAGAAGCAAUAUACUCUCACGUUACCUAUUCUUCGUAAAGAAAUUUCAUUCAACCUCAACCCGGGCCCGUGGAACCCCAAAGAACACGCCCUCGUCAUCGUCGCCUACUGGGGCAGCACGUACACCGCCUACGGCCUCGGCCCGCUCUCUGCCAUGGAGCUCUACUACCACAAGCGCAUGAGCGGGCCGUGGGCCGUCUUGUUUCUCAUGACCACGCAGCUGAUGGGGUACGGCUUUGCGGGCGUAUACCGGGACGUCUUGGUGCGUCCGCCGGGCAUGUACUACCCUGGCGUGCUACCCAACGUGACGCUGUUCAAUGCCAUGCAUCGACACCCGUCCGUGACCAAGAAGUCGCUGGGGUUUUUUGGGGUAGUGGCGGCAGCGGCGUUUGUGUACCAGUGGUUGCCGGGGUUUGUGAUGCCUUUGUUGGCUUCGUUGCCGGUGGUUUGUUGGAUGGGAUUGGGAACGAAGACGGCUUUUGUGUUGGGGAGCGGAACGUAUGGGUUUGGACUGCUGGACUUUUCGCUGGAUUGGAAUUAUGCUUCGUUUUUGACCCCGCUUUAUACGCCGUUGUGGGCGACGGUGAAUCGGUUUGUGGGAGCCGCCGUGGUGAUUUGGGUGGUGUAUCCCUUGGCCUACUUCUUGAAUGUCAAUGGGGCUCAGCAGUUUGCGCCGAUGAGCUCGGGGACGUGGGAUGCCGAGGGGAAUCGGUACAAUAUCUCGCGCAUCUUGACGCCGACGUAUGAGCUGAACCGGACUGCACUGGAGGAGUAUUCUCCGCCGUAUUGGUCUUUCAGUUACGCGAUGCACUUCUUCUGGGGAUUCGCUGCGUCGACGGCCGUGUUGACGUAUGCUGUCAUGUUUCAUGGGCGUCAAUCUUGGGAGGCCCUUCGAAGCUCGCUGCAAACCAUCAGCAAUCCCUUUGCAAAGAAGGAUCACAAGCAAAAGAAGAAGAACUCUCAGCAACACCGGGCCGAGUUUGACGACCCCUACCUCAAGCUUACCGCCCACCUCCCCCGUGUGCCGCACUGGUGGUAUCUCGCCCUCCUCUUUUCCUGCUUGGUGAUUGCCAUUGCCCAGGUCUCGGGCGGCGGCAUGCAGCUCCCCUGGUGGGGUCUUCUCCUCAUCACGGCCAUCUCCGCCCUCUUCACGUUCCCCAGUGGCAUUCUCUUUGGCUUCACCAAUGUGCAAAUCGGCAUGGACUACCUCUCGGAGCUGCUUGCCGGGUUCCUGUUCCCCGGCAAGCCCAUCGCCGUGCUCACGUGCACUGUGUACGGCCGGCAGAUCCUCGAGCAGUGCCUCAACCUGGUCAGCGACAUCAAGUUCGGCUUCUACAUGAAGAUCCCCGAGCGCGAGCUGUUUGUGGCGCAGGUGUAUGGGACGUUGCUGGGCCCGUUUGUCAACUGGGCUUGUAUGCGGCUGAUCAUCGACACGCAGGGGCCGAAGCUGACGGGCGAGGUGGUGUCGGGGACGACGUGGAACGCUUUGAAGACCAAGAACUUCUUUUCGCUGUCAGUUAUUUGGGGCGUGCUGGGUCCGCAGGUGUUCUUUGGGGACGAGUCGCCGUAUCGAUGGGUGUACUGGGGGUUUGUCGUGGGACCGCUGGCGGUGACGCUGCUGUGGCUUGUACAACACAGACUGGCGAGGCCCAAGUGGGGGAAGGUCGCGAGCGUGGUUAAUCCGGUGGUGAUGCUGAACGGGGCAACGCUGUUUCCCAUCUAUCCGACGACGAACCUGGCGACAUCGGCGCUGGUGGCGGUGGUGUUUAUGGGAUACGUGUACAGAUACCACCCGGUGUGGUUCCGCAAGUACAAUUAUCUGCUCGGGGCUGGGUUAGACUGUGGCGCGCAACUGGUGCAGAUGGCCAUGAUCUUGGUGGUGGACUUGCCUAAUGUGACCAUGCCGCACUGGUGGGGGAAUGAUGCCGUCGCCGUGGACAAGUGUUAUCCCAUUUGA